AUGAAUUUAUUGAUGUUAUUAGCAACACAAUUAGAAUAUCGUAUACAAAAUGGUUAUCCAGUAAAUCCUGGUGAAUUUCCAAUGAUUGUAUUAUUACUUGGUAAUACACAUUUAUGUACUGGAACAAUUAUAGCACCUGAUAAAGUUUUAACAGCUGGACAUUGUGCAUGUGGUGAUCCAACAUAUGAAGUUCAUGCAAAUUUAACACAUAUUGAUGAACGAUUUUCACCAUAUACACAAUUUCGAUUCGGUACACAAUUUAAUUAUCCAAUCACUUAUAAAAAUCAAUGUGAUCAACUUAAUCAUGGUUUUAUUGAUAAUCAUGAUGAAUUUGGUGGUUCACCUGAUAUAUCUAUAUUAACAUUGAAUAGAAAAUUUAAUCUUAUGAAAGGAUGGAUUGAAAUUGGUUCAUUAAAUUAUAAUUAUUCAAUAAAUAAUACAACAGAAAAAAAUGAUGAAGAUUUUUUUGUUUUGGGUUAUGGUGAAGAUAAAUCAACGGAAAAUUCAAUAGGUCAAUUACGUUUAGGUAUAAUAAAAUUAGGUGAAUGUCCAAAACAUAUUAAAAUACCAACAAAUGGAGCAAUUUGUUCUAAUAUUAAUCGUAAUCAUCAAGGACCAGAUGUUGGUGAUAGUGGUGGUCCUAUAUUUGAUAUCAAUGGACGUGUUAUUGGUAUUACAUCAAUAGCUGGAAAUGGUUGGUAUGUAUUUUCAAGUGUUACUACACACAAAACAUUUAUUCAACAACAUUUAUAUAAUGAUACUAUUAACUCGACUACUGAUGGUAAUAAUAAUAGUAAUAUUAAUACACUGAAGUAUUCCAAUUCAACAGAUCUUUCGUAAUUUUCUUGCUCUUCUAAAGUGUUGACAUUUUCUUUGAAUAAAAAUCUUUCGUUUUUUUCCCGAGUAUGUGAUGUACGGAAAUAGUUCAUGAUGAUAUAAAUAUAGUAUUUUUGUGUGUUGAAAUUAAAACAAAAUCUUAUGGAAAUUAAUCUGGUAUAUAUAUUCUAUUAAUUUGUUUUUAGACUAUUUUGUUAAGUUAAAUACUUAUUUACUUACUUAUGCCUGUUAACCCUCAUGAAGGAGCAUUAACCGCCUACUAGGAUUCUCCGAUUGAAUUUUGUCUUUGAUAUUCCUUUCCAGUUAUUUUGAUGUCUAAUUUCAUUUCUCAGCUCAAUGUGUAACUUGGUAUUCCUCUUCUCCUUCC